UGUACACACACACACACAUACACACACAGAAAUAUACAUGUACAUACACAGAAAUACACACACACAGACAUGUACAUACACGCAGACACAUGUACAGAUACACACACAAACACACACACGCCCCCCCCCCCUCCCAUAAAAAGUUGCAGUACUUCGUUGUUCACUCACAGAUCCAGGUACUGCACUCUAGGGGGAGGCAGAGAGCACAGCACACACUCCUUGCUUUGCUUUCACUGCGCUCAGCUAUUGAGCAGUCUGAUGGCUCUCAGUGCCAAUGACAGAUCCGGCCUGAGCUCCGAGCCUGCUCAGCAAGACGGCCUUGGGGGACACACUCGCCCCCACCAUAAUUUCCACUUGCCAUUGGUGAGCAGGCGAGUGGAAAUUUCAAGCCCUGGUUUA